AUGUACUCACUACGAAUAGAUUCCUGGAUCGACGUGUCCUCGCCGCCGUCCUCUUCUUCCUUCUCCUCUACUGCUACGAAUGAAGAUAUAAUCACCACUGGCUUACAGGUAGAGUAUGGAGAAGCGGGCGCAUAUCGGCGUCGCACUCGGCGACGCUGUCUACAACAUCUUGCUGCUAUCACCACAGCCCAGUUGGACUAUGCAUCGCGGGAUGCUAGCCAAGCCAGUAGCAGUCAAGAGGAAUACGAGGAAAGUGAAAGCGAGUCUGAUCACGUCCUCAGCAGCUCAAAUGAAGAUGUAAUCCGCCCAAAGCUCCCGGCUGCAUUAUCUGCGCGCUCUGCACCGUUAUCAUCAUGUUCAGACGCUGCCUCCAGCGAUGAUGAAGAUGAUACUUCUACUGCGCUAGGGAUGGGAAUCAGCCCAUCUCCUUUCGUACCUCAACCAAAUAUAUUCACACACCCACCAGCCACAUCAGAACCUGGAUGGCCUGCACGGCGUCUUCAACCCAGCGUCCCGUCAACCUCUACCCGCCGCGCAACCUCUCGAAGAGAAUCUUACAAUAGCCCAAGAUCAUCGCAGAGAACCCAUUUUAACCACAGUCCUUACAAUAUGGUCUCACCUUCCCACCAUGCCGACCACGAUGCUGCCCUUCGCGCCAGCUUAUCAACACUUCUUUCAUGUGCAGCUGCCGCUAGAGGCCUCCCGAAGAACGACAAUCGACUAUCACCUACCCCAGCUGCUCCCCCUGGAGGUGGACAACCCGCUUCGUUCCGACUGGUAGGUGCAUCAGUUGCUAUGGGAGAUGAGACUAGCGACGAUGAGACCUCACCCCCGCCGCAGUAUCCAGAAUCAAAUCCAUCCAUAGGGGCACCAACUGUCGCCAAAGUAAAGCGCCGUUCAAUUUUCCCUAAAGACCGCGGUGCUGCCUCGAAGAAGAGUCGCCGCGUGAGCAUGACAGACUCGACCAUGACUGUGAGCCCCACGAUCAUGACAUGGGUCAUCAGCGCCGGGGUUGUCGUUCUAUUCUCCGCAAUCAGCUUUUCAGCAGGAUACAUGAUAGGCCGUGAGGUCGGGCAAGCUGAGGUUGGAAUGAUGGGAGAUGGUGUUCCCGACCCUCGCCCCUCAGCAGCGUGUGGCCAGGAAGCGGUCCGCGGCGGACUCCGAAAACUGCGCUGGGGAUCUGCGGCUGCGGGAUCUGCUAGCCUUGCAUCAAUGUAA